GUAGCUGACGUUAAGACUGUGGAUCCCACAGUUUAACAGAAAAAAGAAAAAACCCUGAAAUUUCCUCGUAAGAGAACACUAAGAAGAUAAAGGAGUUUGAAAUGCUGGCCUAAGUGGACUGAAGGAACUGGAGAUGCCCAACCUAAAGACAAAAGACUCUGGGUCAUGAAAACUGUCUUUGAUGUUGGAAGGGAUGUUUUGUGAAAGAAGAUUUAGACUUGACCCAUGUCAAUGGGUCUAUGGAAAUGCAGGACCUAGCAAGUCCUCAUGCUCUUGGAGGUGGUGAAACACCUGGUAACUCCAAGCUGGAUAAAACUAGCCUUAGCAGUACAUCAGUCACCACAAAUGGGACAGGAGUGUCUCUUCUUGCAGUCAAAACAGAGCCUUUGAACAGCAGUGAAACAACCACCACCACUGGAGAUGGAGCGCUUGACACUUUUACUGGGUCAGUAAUAACAAGUAGUGGCUACAGCCCCAGAUCAGCGCAUCAGUAUUCCCCACAGCUAUAUCCUUCCAAGCCCUAUCCACACAUUCUUUCUACACCAGCAGCUCAAACAAUGUCCGCCUACGCAGGCCAGACUCAGUAUUCGGGGAUGCAGCAGCCAGCCGUCUACACGGCCUACUCGCAGACAGGACAGCCCUACAGCCUGCCAACUUACGACUUGGGCGUGAUGUUGCCGGGCAUCAAGACAGAGAGUGGACUUUCACAAACCCAGUCCCCAUUACAGAGUGGGUGCCUCGGUUACAGCCCAGGGUUUUCCACCCCACAGCCAGGCCAGACACCUUAUUCUUACCAAAUGCCAGGUUCUAGUUUUGCACCAUCCUCUACUAUUUAUGCAAAUAAUUCAGUUUCCAAUUCAACAAAUUUCAGUGGUUCACAGCAGGAUUAUCCAUCCUACACAGCCUUUGGCCAAAACCAGUAUGCACAGUAUUACUCAGCCUCAACGUAUGGAGCAUAUAUGACAUCAAAUAACACAGCUGACGGCACAUCAUCAUCGUCAACCUAUCAGUUGCAGGAAUCUCUCCCAGGACUGACUAGCCAACCAGGAGAGUUUGAUACAGUUCAGAGCCCCUCCACACCUAUCAAAGAUCUUGAUGAGAGAACAUGUCGAAGUUCUGGGUCAAAGUCCCGAGGAAGAGGCCGGAAAAAUAACCCCUCCCCACCUCCCGACAGUGACCUGGAGCGUGUGUUUGUCUGGGAUUUGGAUGAAACCAUCAUUGUUUUUCACUCACUGCUCACAGGGUCUUAUGCACAGAAGUAUGGCAAGGAUCCCCCCAUGGCUGUAACCCUUGGACUCCGAAUGGAGGAAAUGAUUUUUAAUCUUGCUGAUACACAUUUAUUUUUUAAUGACUUAGAGGAGUGUGAUCAAGUUCAUAUAGAUGAUGUUUCCUCCGAUGAUAAUGGGCAGGACUUAAGUACCUACAGUUUUGCAACUGAUGGCUUCCAUGCAGCUGCAAGUAGUGCAAACCUUUGUUUGCCAACAGGUGUAAGAGGAGGGGUUGACUGGAUGAGGAAGUUGGCUUUUCGUUACAGAAGAGUAAAAGAAUUAUAUAACACCUACAAGAACAAUGUUGGAGGACUCCUUGGCCCUGCCAAGAGAGAUGCAUGGCUGCAGUUAAGGGCGGAGAUUGAAGGGCUGACAGACUCCUGGCUAACAAAUGCACUUAAGUCAUUAUCAAUUAUUAGUACGAGGAGUAACUGCGUAAAUGUCUUGGUAACAACCACCCAACUGAUCCCAGCACUUGCGAAGGUUCUGCUGUAUAGUUUAGGAGGUGCUUUCCCCAUUGAGAAUAUUUACAGUGCAACUAAAAUAGGCAAGGAAAGCUGUUUUGAGCGUAUAGUGUCCAGAUUUGGCACUAACAUAACUUAUGUUGUGAUUGGAGAUGGCCGAGAUGAGGAGCAUGCCGCUAACCAGCACAACAUGCCCUUUUGGAGGAUAUCAAGUCACUCAGAUCUCUUGGCUCUACAUCAAGCACUGGAAUUAGAGUAUUUGUAACUGUGUUCUCCAGCUGGAGAUUCAUUUUUUGUAUUUCAAGUACACUGAAUUUUUAUGUGUGAUUCAGUGCCUCUGGCUUUACACAUAUAAAUUGUCUUAAAGGAUGAAAUCAUAUUUGGAAUGAAAAUUCCAGAAUGAAGAAUUCAGAUUGCCGAAUGGAAUUAAACUUUAGUGCUACAGAAAGGAAGCUCUAUGGUCUUACAUUUACAACACUUUAAUGAUUUGGGGGAAAAAAAAAAUCUGUGGAGGUUGCUGGUACACACCAAAUGAGUCCUAACUGGAAUUAACAGCUUUAUCAAAGAACUCUCACCCUGGCAAAGCACCAACACACAGGCUCCGUCUGACAAGGUGGUAUUCAACAUUCCUCAACAUGGGAUCUCUUCUCAGCCCUGAGGUUUGAAUCUGACUUUAGCCUACCUAACCCAGAAA